AUGCACGAAAUCAUCACCCUCCAGCUAGGCCAGUUGAGCAACUACACAGCGACCCAUUUCUGGAACACUCAGGAAUCCUACUUCACCUACUCGGAUCAGGAUGAGUCCCCAGUAAACCACAACGUCCACUGGCGCCCGGGCGUCGCACUCGACGGCUCCGAGACAUUCCUCCCUCGUACAGUCGUGUACGAUCUCAAGGGUGGUUUCGGCUCGCUUCGCAAGAUAAAUGCCCUGUACGACGCAAGCCAGGAAGGAGCACCUGCUCAUCUGUGGAAAGGAUCCCCUCAAGUCCAUAAACAGCCGCAGGUCGAACCAAGCGCUUUCCAGCAGAGCCUUGACCUUGGCACCACCGCGCCGAAGCUCAGCCCAUCAGACGUGCGGUACUGGUCCGACUUCUCGCGCAGCUUCUAUCACCCAAAGUCUCUCAACCAGCUCUACGACUAUGAGCUCAACUCGUCCAUCAGACCCUUCGACAAGUGGACACUGGGUCGAGAGCUUUUCGACACCUUGGACAAGGAGCAUGACAUUGUUGACCGAGACUUCCGUCCCUUCGUCGAGGAAGCCGACCAGAUGCAGGGAUUUCAGAUUGUGACAACCAUUGAUGAUGCUUGGGGAGGCUUUGCUACCGAGUACGUCGAGCGUCUGCGGGACGAGUACGGAAAGGUCACCAUCUGGGUGUGGGGCUUGCAGACUCCUGUGCCUGCAGCACGGAUUGAUCAAAGACGUCUCCAGAUGGCCAACACGGCCAGGACGAUCAAGGACUUGUGCGAGCAUGCCUCAAUGUUAGUUCCUAUGGCUCUCCCGCAGACUCGGCUAUGCUCCAACAUCAACAUGGACCUCCAGUCCCCCUGGCACGCCACUGCUUUGUUAGGAACUGCCAUGGAGACGGCAGGCUUUCCUUCUCGACUCAACUCCGGCAGCAAUGGAAGCGGAUUGCAAGCAACACUGAGCGACCUGGUCAGUGGCCUGAACCAACGUGGACGGCAGACCAUGAGCCGUCUGCAGAUGAGCAUCGUGGGCCCUACCUCGGAAUUAGAGGACAAUGCUCGAACAUUGCAGGCAUCUGAGGGGGACGAGGAGAUGGAGAAUCUCAAACUGGACACAGACCUGUUUGAUAUCUUGCGAGCGAAGCCGUUGACGGGAAGACGAAACAAAGACGACGGAGGAGGCACACCCCACCUUUUCGGUCAAGCGAUAACUACUCGCGGUACGCCGCAAGGCUCGAAUGACGGGGAUCAAGGCAGACAACGGUCAAGAGCCGCACUGGUGGAGAACAGCACCCAGAGAUACUAUACGGAUAAGGGUUUUCCCAUGCUCGACAGUUUCCCAGAAAUCUACCUUGACAGCAACGGCGAGCUUUCCACCGAAACUUUUGGCGUCAAGACCAGCCUUUCCACGGACACAUCUCUAUCAGCAGCAUUGAAAGCUUUGCGUACAGCUGUUUCAUCUUCUAUUGGGGUCGAGGACCGAGAGGACAUCAGCAAUGAGCUGGCUGACCUUGCCGAGGCGUACCGUGAAGGAUGGUCCAGCGGUAGCGAUGAUGAAGACGACUGA